AUUCAUCACACAUGUUUGUUUUAUUAGCAAUUUCUCCUAACGACACUGUUUAUCACGUACAGGAUGUGAAUGUUGUUAAAUUGGGGUGACUUCCGUGACGUUCAAGCUUUUUGUUUAGCCUCCGAAAGGGCGUGUUAAAGCCGCACUACAGCCACGCGAGUCUCGAGAUUUUAAACUGGUUGUGUACGAAGGGGUACCUGCUUCACAGAGAAAAGACUCCAAGGUGCUGCAUCUGUUUGACCAGUGACAGUUAGACAUAAGGAGUGGGUUGCUCCCUGUGGAUGAGACUGUAUCGCCCAGAGUUUGCAUUUUGAGGGGGUGGCAUGAUGGGUAAUGUUGAGCCUGCCGUGGCUCGGAGCUUCCUGGAGAAGUUUCUAGAGGAGUUCCCGGAGCCGUUCAGCCCAGACAACCCUCCACCUGUCAACCCCCUUAGCCGCAAAAUCAGCCACAAGGAGAUCAGGGGGGAGAGCCUGGACCUGGGCCUCCGCCUGCUAGCAGCCAGGGAUACCCCUCUGUCUCUGAGUGUGGCACUGUGUGAGGCAGCGGUGUGUGAGCUGAUGAGGAGUGACCUCACACCCUUUCAGCUUCCAAAGGACGCAGAACAGCAACAAGAAGAGGAUGGGCCACCUACUGCCUUGCUGGAGUCAGAGGGGCUGCAGCACCUUUUCCUCAACAAGCUCCGCGAUGUGGCAGCCUCCUGGAGUCAGCAGCUGCCCACCCCCCAGGGGCCAUCGAAACGCUUCAACCGCUGCUCUGUGCACGCCAUCCGCAAUACGCGCAGGAAGAUGGAGGACCGUCACGUCACCAUAGCGGAUUUCAACCAGCUCUUUGGGAUACAGGAUGCUGUGGAUAGACAGUAUUAUGCUGUAUUUGAUGGACACGGAGGUGUAGAUGCUGCCACAUUUGCAGCCACCCAUCUGCACGUUGUUCUAAGCCAACAAGAGGACCUAGUGAAAGACCCAGCUGCUGCAUUCAAGAGUGCCUUCACCCAAGUGGAUGACAUGUUCAAAGUUAAGGCCAAGCGAGAGCGUCUGCGGAGUGGUAGCACUGGUCUAGCAGUACUGCUGGCCGGGGGCUCAUUGCAUGUGUCCUGGCUAGGAGACUCUCAGGCCAUGCUGGUCAGACAGGGCGAGCCGGUCACCCUGAUGGACCCCCACAAGCCAGAAAGAGAGGAUGAAAAGCAGCGGAUUGAGAGUCUGGGGGGAUGUAUCGCCUUCAUGGGGUGCUGGCGUGUGAAUGGCACUUACGCUGUUUCUCGAGCGAUUGGUGAUUUUGACCAGAAGCCAUACGUCUCAAACAUGGCCGACAGCUCAUCGACAAAGCUGACCGGCAACGAGGACUAUGUCCUGCUGGCGUGCGACGGCUUCUUCGAUGUGGUGCGUCCGGCCGAGGUGCCGGGCAUGGUCCUGGAGGCCCUACGGGAGGCCGAGGGCCGUGGUGGCUGCGAGGAGGUGGCCCAGCGCCUGGUGGCCCAGGCCAAGGCGGCCGGCUCCAGUGACAACAUCACUGUCAUGGUGGUGUUCCUGCGGGAGCCUGGUCAGCUGCUGUUGGAGGACCAGAGUGACCUGGGGGAGGCCGCCGCUGCCGCACCAACACAGGACUAAGGGCUGUCAGCCAAUUCCAGGUCAUACUGGAGGAGAUGAUGCUGCUGGUGCUGCAACCUCCUCUCUCUCUCUCUCUCUCUCUCUCUCUCUCUCUCUCCUGAUGUCUUCUUGAUCCCCACAGGGGCUCUUUGCUCUCCCUGGUGGACAGAAACGAAACCCCUUUUUACUUUUCAGUGAUGUGCCACAACAAUAGCCUCUCUGCUUGAGGGAUCAAAACAACAGCAGUACAUAGUCAUAGCUAGUCUGUUUUUUCCCCACAAAUGUGGAAAUGCAUUUACGACGUUCAGUAUUUUUAUGGUGAGUCAGGUCAAGCACUUACUUUAAGGACCACCUACCACAAUUUUCUUUCCAAUGCUGACUCAUUCAGGACCAUUUUAUAUAAAAUGUUCUAGAUUUCUCUUACCAGUAUUCAAUAUCAGUAUUCAUUCUACUCUCCCAUAUGGGGCCCUUUUUUCUCGAAUUCUUUCAUACAGUGUCAAAAUCUGCGAUAUGCAAAAUGUGUCUUCAAGUCCAGCAGUUUGAUUUGUUGAGUGUUUAACGGACUGUCUUCCCAGUGGACUGAUGUCUGACGUCCUAAUGCCUGCUGGCCUGUCGUUAGUGUCUCAAAUUACUGCCUGCUCAAAUGUCAUGAAUAUUUGAAAGCCUUGUGACAUGUAGCUAAUAUAGCCGGCGCGUGGCUAUAAUGCGAUAGUGCUAUUUAUAGGCCAGGUCUGGUGCAUAUUGAAGCGUAGGGUGGGGAGGGGAGAGGGAUCUGAGUGUUGAUGUAGUGAAAUAAAAUACUUCAGACCCUAACCCCUCCAUCCUGGUGACCUUGGCUUUCCUGGACCGAACUCCUUAAGAACUGCUGUUUCAGUCAAUGGUAUUACAUAAGGUUUUUGUGUAUGAGCGCAGUAAGCUGUUUGGCUUUGCUUUUGUUGUGCAAAGCUUUAAACAUGUCUGCGCUUUUUUGUGUAACUUGGAUAUAAAGACUGUUUAAUUUACUUUCCAAUGCAAUUCACUGUAGUGGUCACCUGUCGUUUUUGUAAACUGUGCCAUCUGCCUUGUGGUCUUAAAAGGAGAUCUUAAAUGAGGAAUGGACAAUGUAGCAUGCAGUCCAGCUAAUCAAAAUGUUAUUUCAAUACCAGCUCCAAGAACAUUGACUGCUUUGUGUAGAAACACUGACCUUUGCUUUUCUCUCUUCCAAACCUAGAAUGCCGUUUUCUGUGUGUGUGUGUGUGUGU